AUGGACAAGAAUGUCGUGAAGGGCAUGGUGGACUCCCUUGAGGAGGCGCGUGCAACGCGAACCUUGACCGAGAACGAAGAGCGCUUCAUUAGCGAGUACCACCAGGAAGUGAGGGCACAAGCUGCCAGGAAGAAGGGAAGAAGUGCGCCCUCAGAGGCGAAGGAGGACGAGACACUUUCCGAGGAGCCCAGG